UUUGAAAGCAUACGUAUAAUUUCUAACAUGUAAUCAUAAAAAAUGGGCGAAGAAAGCACCCAAUUUGCAAGUGGAACUUGGACAUGGGAUGAUCUUACAAAUGAAUUAACUUUUCAGAGCGCCAAUCAGGACGAUCAACAAGGCACCGCACAGGGUCAAACUGCGACAAAAGUUGUCGUUCAAAGUGCAUUCGAAGUGAAAUUUCGAGACACAGUGGACAAUGUCGAAAAAAUAAGAUUCAGAAGACGUUUCCAAAGAAAAGCUAAAAUAGGAACGACAAGUUAUAUUAUUCUUCAAGACAUAAAGGACGUUGUCCUUUUUCUUGCUUCCCCGAAAGACUUAACGACCAAAUUUAUACGAUUUUUUCACACACAAACGGUGGAUUCAUUUUUAAGAGCAGCAAUGGUAUACUUUCAGUAUUAUAUUCAGGUGUGGGAAACUUUAGUUGAUAGAAGAGAAGAAGCAAAACGUAAAAUACCGCACUUAGGAGUAAAAGGGAUACUAGGAACUUUAAGUGAUGAAUUAUCCUGUUUGCGCUGUGUAUUGGCUCGUGAGUAUACGUGUAUGUUAACUGGAGCAGGUGAAAUGUUAGAAUUUCAUCACAUGGGCAGCAUGCGAACCAAAUCAUUAACUGGCAAAGAGCGGUAUCUUUUUGAAGUUCUUUUGUGUAUUACAAUCAGAGUUAUUUGGAUUGGGAUGCAGAGAAAAUAUUUAAAUCUUAUUGAACGAGAGCUAAACAGGCUAAUCCGUGGGAAGCUUUUUAAUAUUAUUCAGCACAGAGAUAUUCGUUUAGGAAUAGCUUUAGAAAAGAGCAAAGAAGAAGACAGGGUGUUAGACGGAAAAUAUUGUGUCGACGAACGGAAGCUGUACCACAGAUCACCCCUGGCACAAGAGCUAAUACUAGCAGAGCACGAUUAUCGACUACUUGGAAUUGGAGUUAAAAACUUCACCCCGAAAGAUGAAUUAGUUAAAUACCUCGAAAUAGCAUUUUCUGCACCAGAAACAGUACUUUUUGAAAAGGGGAUUCAAGUAGGCAUUCUGGGUAUGCCCUCUAAAUGUUUCGAUGCAAUGCUUUACUAUAGAGGGAAAACAAGCAUUGAUGAAAAGAGAAAUUUUCACAUUCCAACCUACACUUCAGUAAGAGAUGAAGAAGUAAUAGAAGAAUUUCCCACCGAAAAGCCACUUUAUGAAGACAGUCAAGAAAGAAAACUGAUAAGACAGAAACAGUGUGAUUUAUGGGUCACCCAUGUUAAAACGAGUCAAUCAGGAAAAGCAAAAGACGCUAUUCCUUCUGUUACAGUCAUUUCAACAGCGAGUACCUUAACUAUUUAAAUUAUGUGUAUUCUCUUGCAAAAUUUUUUGUGACUGAAUUGAAUCGUUUUGAAAUAUGUGUACUAAUCAUAAAUAAUAAAUACUGUAAC